AUGGUCACAAUUGAUCCUGGAUUUGAAAUACUUAUCGGGCUGGUUGGGUUCAGGGGAAAAUACCAAAAUGCUAGUGGCCGGGCUAUUUAUAUGGGCUACUUGAUUUUAGUUUAUGUUGUUGCACUGGGCACAACUUUGUUAGUGGGUGAAGGGAAUCUCACCUAUUCAAAGGAGAUACUGAGACAAGGAGUGAUACAUCCAAAACAGUUGGUGGCUACUGUGUUUGAAUCCGAGGAUUUGGCGUACGGAAGAUAUGCUGGAAUGCGAUCAACUACUGCUGCCCUUAGGAAACAGGGAGUAACCGUUCUAUUUGGCAUUGAUGCCACAAGCAGUCUUGGUAGCAACACUGUCCUGCAGCAGAAACUGUUUAAGCAUAUACAGUUUAACUAUCCACACCACGUCACCGCCAAGUCUGAAGAUUUGGAACCAAACCGAAAACUACUUACUGGGUUCUUUAGGCAAGCCAUACCGCUUUUGGAACAAAACGGGCUAGUUCGGGUUUUGUUGAACACCAAUUACCCUUUUGGAGAGCUAAAAGUUGCUGCUGGUGUGAAUGAUGGUGAUGCAGAGGAGAAGGUACAAGUUGCUGCUGGUGUUAAUGAUUGGAUGAAGGGUUGGAACAUUGAGAUGUGUGCUAAGGAGGCUGGCCUGAAGCUCCUCAAGUAUAAGCCUUUUAAGUUUGGUGAUCACAUUCUGUACAAGCCGACCAAGGGGUUCGGCAAGGACCCCAGCGGCGAGUGGCAGACGGGCGAAUCCCUCUUUUACGAUCUGCAGGUUGAUUGGAGUAAACCGAAGAAUGCCAACGUGAGUAGCAAACCUUCAACUAUAUUGUAGUAUUAACUGAUUG